CUUGGUUUGAUACUGACCAUCUGUUAGUGUUCUGCACGCACGUGUGUGUUGGACAGCACAUGCCUCCUGUCAGUGUCCUGUGUGCAGUCGACAUGCAGGAGGGUGCCAAGUCUUGAACCUUUCAUGUUGCUUCCAAUAAAAGACGUUUCACUAUAAAAUGACUCAAAAGCGGACAAGACAAGGCGGAGCCCACAAGAUAUGGAAGUAGUUAAAGCACCAACAAGUUGGAGCAAAUCGCAGUCAAGCCACGCCGUUCAAUUACUAGUACUUCAAGUCUCCUCAACACACGGAAUAAGCGGUGGAAAGGGAAUGAACGAGCACAUCUAACAUCUCAAUCGGACCUCAACAGAUACGUGUUUGUUUUGAAUCCGAGUCCAACAGUUUAAAAGAAAGAUGGCAACAACAUCCGUCCUAAAUCAGGACGUCUCGAAGCUUUCGUCCAAACGGACGCAUCGACCACUAAACAUUCCGCGCAACCUCGCUCAUCGGCGCCGCUGCUGAUCUAAACAGAACUCUGCAACUACAGUUCCCAGUAAAGGUAGAUGUACUUUCUCAAAAUACCCAUGAUGCUAGCAGCAGCAUGCCGCUAGCGGCUAACGCUAGCAUGAGUGCUCACAGCCCCUGUUAACCGAGCCUGCCGCGCAGUCAGAUCGGCGGAACAAUAACGUUCGCUAAAUUGUUUUGGACGAAGGACGCAGUAUGGACGGAUGACACUUCUGGCAGAUGCAACCCUCGCCUUCUCCACCACGGGCCCAUUCCCUUCACAAACGCCGGCUCGCCGAGUGGAUGCCAUGUUAGCGCCGGAGCCGCACGGGCUGCGACAAGGUUCCUACCUUGGCUCGUUAAAAGUGAGUUCACGUCGAGGGUCGUCCGUGGCGAUGGUGAUCCUGGACGCGGGGUCUGAACCUCAGGCGUGGACGGAGUCGUCAGUACCGACCCAGCUCAACCGCUUCUCUCCCGGAAAAACAAAAUGGCUGAGGCCUCGGGGUGAGGGGUUUCCCUGCGACGCGUGAACGGGCCCGUGGACGUACUUCCGGGGCGGAGCCUCCUCUCAACCUCAGUGCUGUUGCCGAGCGCCAAUUUUGAAUUGGGCGGAAGUAACUCGGCUAGAAGCUAACACACGCACACUGCGGCUGUUUCGACGAUGCCAGAAUAACGAUCCUUUUCCAGGGAUUAGUAAGACACACAGGCCGCUCGUCGACGUCAUGGACGUGACUGCGCAUUUACGGCAUUUUGAAGGCUCCUUGAGUUCCUACACAGGAGAUGACCCGUUGGCUCUGUGGGACAGGUUUGUGGAGUACCUGGAGAAGAAGCCCACCGAGCAGGGAGGCAUGUGGCAGGUGUUUGACCGCUUGGUGGAGAGGUUCUUGAACGUCGAGCAAUACGCUAACGACAUCAGAUUUGUCAACUACUGCAUCAGAUGUGCCAGUUACUACGCUGAGCCCGCAGUGCUCUUCAGCCACGUAUUCAGUCGUGGCGUUGGAACCAGAACGGCGUCCUUCUACUUGGCCUGGGCCCAGGACCUGGAACGGAAGGGCCUGAGGGAGCAGGCAGAUGUUGUGUACAAGAAAGCCAUGGAAAACCAGGCCCAGCCAGCAGAGACCCUGCUUCAGGAGUACCGCAUGUUUGAAGGCAGAGCACGGGUCCAGACCGCACUUCCAGCAGGUCGGAACCCGUUACAGAACUCUCAGCUCCACAACCAGAGGGUCGUGCUCAGAGAGCCGCGGGCCCCUGCCGAGCUUCCCUCCAAACCUGCAACCGUUCGAACCAUAAUCAUCACCUCCCGCUCAGAGAUGCUCCCGGCCAUCUCUGGCGCCAGCUCUCAGACGGUGUCGGCGUAUUCGGCCCCUGGACUGGACUGCGAUGGUUCUGAACUUAGUUUUGAGGAAGUCCGGGCCAAGUGUUACUUCAGCAAGAUCCAGGAGCAGAGAAAGAAGGAAGAGCGAGAGAAUGGAGAGCGGCUGGUCCAGCAGGCGGAGCUGGCUGUCAGGCAGCUCCAGUCUCAGCUGCAGGAGGUGCAGCAUCAGCUGGACACCUGUCCAGAUUCAGCCCCAACAGUGAGUUUGACAGCGGAGAAGGCUAAUGUGGUCGCCGGGUCAGGUCUCAGACCCGCCCAGGGUCUUCUACUGCCUGGUGCCAGCCACUGCGACUCGUCUCCGGACCUGGACGAGAACCUGAACGUGUCCCAGGAUGGAGCUGCCAACCUGUCUCACGUCACCCCCAACACCUCCUUUGGAUUUGCCGGGGCCACGCCCUCCAGAGUUCUGCCGUCCCCCACGGUCAACACCCGAGAAGCUCUGGACUUGAUCAUGGACAUGUUUCAGGCGCCGACAUUGCUGAGCGACACCUUCAACAGCUCCUCCCUCCUCCCAGCAUGUGGUCCCGCUGGUGCAGCGCUCACUCAGCCAGCUGCUGCCAAACCAUUCACCAUCUUUCAGGACGAGGAGGACAAGGAGAAUGCAGGAGCUGAAGCAGCUGCCUGUGCGAACAGCAGGAGCAGGAGCAGCAAAGUUCUGGCACCGAUCCCUGUGAGCAGACCAGGAGGCACCACUGUGACUUCCUCAGAUCUGACCUCAGAGGAGACCACGUGGGGGGCUGGCUACAACUCGCUGCACUCGCUGGCGCCAUGUCCCAACAGCACCAGUGAUUUUGCCAUGGGGCCGGAGUUGAUGUCCACGCCCUUCACACACAAGACCCCGGUCAAUGCCGUGCUCCACACCGCCACAGACACCAACAGUUGCAUUGACGGUGCGUAUGGUGCCUUCACCCGGCGACCAUCCAGGAAACUCAGUCCAAUCAUAGAGCAGAGUCCGGUGGACGACUGGUUUGGUGUCUCAGGUCCAGGUCAGCAGGUCCAGAUGGCUGACACCCUGGGGACCAUUGUGGCGGAAGGUUCCACUCCUCACUACUUGGUAGCCUCGUCCCUCAAUAUGGCUCCUCCUCCAGCUCUGCUGUCCUUCAGAGAGCAAACUCUUGGAACGUGCGAGUCCUCCAGGACGGCUGGGUCCAGCUGGGAGGUCUACACCAGCCCCCAAUGUCUCCCUGGCAACCAAGUUCACCCUCUGCCAGAGUCAUCCUUCUGUCCAGGGAGCAAAAGCGUGGCCACCAAGGAGGACCAGGAAAGAUCAACAACCAGUCCGCAUCCUGUUGGACACAGCUCACAGAGCCACUUGAAGCCAGCCUGGCCCUUAGUCAGCAGAGACCCUGAGAUGCUGCGCCAUGAGCCAGACUGUCUGGCAGAGUGUGCCCACGUGCCCAUGAGCCUGGCUCUGAAGUCUGGCCCGUGUGCCGACGUACCCAUGAGCCCGGCUCAGAAGUCUCUCUCCUGUGCCCACGUGCCCAUGAGCCCGGCUCAGAAGUCUGGCCCGUGUGCCGACGUACCCAUGAGCCCGGCUCAGAGGUCUCUCACGUGUGCCGACGUGCCCAUGAGCCCGGCUCAGAGGUCUGGCCAGUGUGCCGACGUGCCCAUGAGCCCUGCUCAGAGGUCUGGCCAGUGUGUCGACGUGCCCAUGAGCCCUGCUCAGAGGUCUGGCCAGUGUGUCGACGUGCCCAUGAGCCCGGCUCAGAGGUCUGGCCAGUGUGUCGACGUGCCCAUGAGCCCGGCUCAGAGGUCUCUCACGUGUGCCUACGUGCCCAUCAAUCCGAUGCAGCAGGGCCGCUCUGUGAGAGAUCCAUCUGCAGCUCACCUCGUGCAGGAUCCCUGGGACAGUCAGCUGAUCUCCGACCUUCUGGCUGCCAUGAAGCCACCUCUCUCUGCUCACCCACACUGUGUCACCUGGAGUCGCAACAUCCCUAAUAUUAAACCCAAGAUGACCAUCAGCAUUGGAUCGGUGUCGCUGUGCGUCGACUGCAUUUUGGGAGAAGGAGCCUUCGCUAAAGUGUUCCAGGCCACGGACCUUAUGACUUCUCAGAAGAUGGUUCUGAAAGUCCAGAAGCCUGCCAACCCCUGGGAGUUCUACAUCCAGACCCAGCUGGACGCCCGUCUGCUGGCGCCAGAGCGCCACCUGUUCGCUCGCAUGAGUGCUGCCCACAUGUUUGACAAUGGCAGCGUGCUUCUGGGCGACCUGCACAACUGUGGCACGCUACUGGACGCCAUCAACCUCUACAGGUCCACAAGUGACCGAGUCAUGGCGCAGCCGCUCGUCCUCUACUUCACUUGCUGUAUCCUGAGCACUCUGGAGACUCUACACCGAGGAGGCAUCGUCCACGCCGACGUGAAGCCAGACAACUUUCUGUUGGGUCAGAGGUUCUUGGACAACCAGUGUUUGGACCCCGAGAACCUGGACCAUGGUCUGGUCCUGAUAGACUUUGGUCAAAGCAUUGACCUGCGGCUGUUUCCAGCAGGAACCGCCUUCACUGCAAAGUGCGAGACAUCAGGCUUCCAGUGCACAGAGAUGCUGAGUGGUCGUCCGUGGAACUAUCAGACGGACCUGUUUGGCAUCGCAGGCACUGUCUUCUGUCUGCUGUUUGGUACCUACAUGAAAGUGGUCCAGGAUGGCGGUGUCUGGAGGACCAACGCCACCUUCAGAAGGAUUCCUCACAGUGAGCUGUGGCUGGACCUGUUCCACACCCUGCUCAACGUUCCCGACUGCAACUCUCUGCCGAGUCUCGGUCGACUACACACUCGGGUGGCAACGGUCUUGAAGAUGCACUACGCUUCCAGGCUUCCCUCCCUGAAGAACCGUCUGGUGGUUCUGCUGCUGGAGGGGCGGCGACGGCGAUGACGCACCGGCACCAAAAUCUCUACCAAGAUUGUUUUACGGAGAAGUCAAACACUUGUUUGUUAAUAAACUUGACUUGUGAACGUCUGAGCAGGAUCAGUUCGGGUGACCACUGGCAUGGAAUAGAUCACAGCUCCAGAAAGGUGGUGACAAUG